UGGGUUAGAUAAAGCUAAGGGAGUCUUGGCCUCAUCAAAAGAAAAUAUAGAAAGGAACCAAACUCUUGUCUAAAGUCAACAUAGUUUGAUUAGUGUCCUAAUUUAGCUGAACUACCACUAGUUUGUAGGUAAGGAAGGUAAAGCACAUACCAAAGUACCUAUUGCAGAACCAACCAAUCCACCCCCAACAGUAUUUUCACAAUUAGAAGUCAAAUAAGGAAUGUCUACAUAUAGCAUCAACAAAAAGUGCUAGUAUUAGCAUUUAUGAUCACAGAAUCUGAGAGAGCGAACACUACUCGGAAAACCACCAGUAUUCAUGUCAGAUCAUCAGAGACAAAGAAUCCACCCUAUGAAUGUGGAAACACAACCACACCAUAGGACACCAUUAGUACCUCCUGGUUCGUCUAGAUCAGAAAAGGUUAUCCAUGUGCCUCCUCCGAUUCUUCAUCAACAUGCUAUGCCAGCGAUAAACUCUUCAAAACCGAAAAGAAACUGUUUCUGCAAGUGCAUAUGUUGGACACUAACCUUGUUAUUCCUUCUACUCAUUAUCUUGGCUGCAACUGUAGGAAGCCUUUACCUUGUCUUCAAACCAAAGCUUCCAAAUUACUCAGUUGACACUUUGAGGAUAAGUGAUCUGAGACUUAACUUUGAUUUGAGUCUGUAUGCAAAGUUCGAUGUGAAAAUCACAGCAACCAACCCGAACAAGAAGAUUGGUAUUUACUAUGAAAAAGGAGGGAAGUUGAGUGUAUUCUACACAAACACAAGGCUUUGUGAAGGAUCUUUACCUGAAUUCUACCAAGGUCAUCAGAACAAAACAGUGCUUAAUGUAUCCUUAACAGGUCAAGUUCAGUCCGGGAGCACAUUAAUGGCAGCGUUACAACAACAGCAGCAGACAGGAAGAAUUCCAUUGGAUCUCAAUAUCCAUGCACCAGUUGCUAUCAAACUUGGGAGGUUGAAGUUGAAGAAGGUGAAAGUGUUGGGUCAAUGCCAGUUGGUGGUUGAUAGUUUAUCAUCUAAUAAUCUUGUAAGCAUUAAGGCUAGUAACUGUAACUUCAGAAUGAAACUUUAAAUCUUAUCAUAGGAGAGUUUGCAUUAGUUCAUGUGAGUUCUUUUUAUUCUUAUUUUUGGAUUUUGAAAGCUUUGAUUCUUUUAUGAAUAAUAAACUGCUAUUGUAGUAGUUCCUUACAGUAUUUUUGUAUUUGUCUUGUGUUUGUAUCAUUGUUGGUUCGCAACAUUUAUUCGAGAACAUACAUAUUGGACUGGUUUGAUUAUUA